ACCGUCGUUCGUUCGAUAACAUAACAACACAUGAAUCGCCCCUGACGUCCAAUUCGAUUCAGUUUCUCGAGCUGGGACCGGGGAAGUGCCGCCUUCGAGCAUCACUCGAGUUUCGGGGCCAUGGCCGUGGCUUUAGCUCUGAUAAAUAAGGAUAACUCUCCGCUGUACCUCCGGACUGUCGCGGAACCGGCGAACGGAGAGGUCGCUCACAAACUUCUGUACAUGCUGCAUACUUCGCUGGACGUUGUUGAGGAGAAAGUCAACUCAUCAGUUCCCGGCAAGAACGACUCGCGGGAUCUCUGUCUCGGGGUUCUCUACUCAUUGGAUGAGUACAAACUGUAUGGUUACGUGACGAACACCAAGAUAAAGAUAGUCAUAAUUGUCGAGCUCGGGGUAGCUGUGCAAUUCCGGGACAACGAUCUCAGAAAUUGGUUCAACCGUCUGCACCAGGCUUAUACCGAGGUCAUAAGCAAUCCGUUCUACGUCGCUGGCGAAGAGAUCAAAUCUAAGAAAUUCGAAGCUGUGGUAAAUGACAUCAUGCGGAAGCAGUAGUAUGCGUGGUCACUGGAUAGAGCCUUAAGAUACUGAUGUUACGUUCUGUGAAUAUAUAUAAAUAAAGUCUCCAAGAAUGAUAGAGA